AUGUCAUCCAUGUUUAAACUUAAAUGGGAUAAUGAAGCUCCCCAGAUCACCAUUGAACGAAUGGAUGAACCAACUCACUGUCACGAGAUUAAUACUGAAGAAGUAGUGGACCAGCCUUGGUUUCACGAAGUCAAGAGUAUCCCGAAGAGGAUCACCAUAGACAAUGGUACAAAUCUAAACAAUACUAUGAUCACCUCCCUGUGCGAGCAAUUCAUGAUCCAACACCAUAACUCUUCCCCUUACUGGCCAAAGAUGAAUGGUGUUGUCGAAGCUACAAAUAAGAACAUUAAAAAGAUCAUACAGAAAAUGACAGUCACAUACAAAGACUGGCAUGAGAUGCUACCAUUCGAUCUCCAUGGGUAUCGUACCACGACGCGCACAUCAACUGAGGCAACACCCUACUAUCUAGUAUACGACAUGGAGGCUAUCUUGCCUAUUGAGGUCUACAUCCCCUCUCUGAGAAUUAUGAAGGAUGCAGGUCUGAACGAAGACAAUUGGGUCCAGACUCGACUUGAUCAACUGAACUUGAUUGAUGAGAAAAGGCUUACUACUGUCUGUCAUGGUCAAAUGUAUCAAAAACGGAUGAUCAAGGCUUUCAAUAAAAAGGUCAGACGCCAAGUAUAUCAAGUCGGGGAUUUGGUGAUCAAACAUAUCAUACUACUGCAAGGUGAUACCAGGGGAAAAUGGACUCCUACAUACGAAGGACCGUUUGUAAUCAAAAACAUAUUUUCUGGUGGAGCAAUGAUCUUGACCACCAUGGAUGGUGACGAAAGAUACUACGCAUAA